CCUUAACAUGUGAUGGUGAGAAUAUCGACUAAAUCCCAGUCGAACCCCAUAGGCUGGUCUGCUGCCAUAAUCCUUUGUCGAUAUUCGUGGUUUUACCUUUUGGCAUAUCUAAGCCUUAGCCUAUGUUAUAUUAUCUUUGUGCAAUUUAAUCAGUCGAUGGUGUUUUGCUGUACACGUUUGGUGUAUGUAUCCGUCUCAAAACGUCAAAUGUGAUCCCAGUAGCCUAAUUUGCUUGUUUGUAUACAGUAGCCUACAUAUUUUUCUGCUUUACCACAACCUCGUAGCCCGGCAUUCACUAUGCCUACUAGGCUGGUUCAGAAUGACUUAGGUAGCUGAAUUUGCUUGUCUGACCUUCUUAAAAAUCCCACGUGUAAAAUAGUCUUAAUUUAUGCAUUAGUCUGUAAUUUCUACUUCCUUAAAUAUGUGAAAAACAAUUCGCUAACACGUGUAGGUUCCUUUGUGAUUGCGCAAAAAAGGACCACUACUGACACCCGGUGGUGUUGACCAUAACUGCUGCUGUGAAACAAAGAGCUUACACAAAUGGGCUAAAAUAUUUCCCAAUAUUCACCUCCCUAUCAUUCCCUUACCCCCUCCCCUGCCUCCAUAGCCACCCCUCCCCCAGAUCCUUUCAGCUCUAACUCGCUGUAUACACAACACAUUUCUCCCACAUGACAGUUUCAAUGACUAUUUGGUAAACAUAGCUGGCCAGAAAGAGAAGCAAAGAGACAUGGAUCAUGUAAGCAGUAAUAGGAGAAAAACCAUGGUUCGACUACACAAGGCUGAGGUGAUGAUUGCUGGAGAGCAACUCAGGUUGAGGCUCCACGAUUGCAAGCUCGUUAAGGAACGGCGAUACCAUUUGCGCACGUACCCCAACUGCUUUGUGGCCCAAGAGCUCACAGACUGGCUUGUGGUUCACAAGGAGGCACCGGAUCGUGCCACAGCAAUCUGUCUCAUGCAGCAUCUUAUGGACCAUGACAUUGUUCACCAUGUGUGUGACAAGCGACCUGUGUUCAAGGAUGCAAAACUUCUCUACCGUUUCCGCAAAGAUGAUGGCACGUUUCCCUUCAAUAAAGAAGUGAAGGUCUUUAUGCUGGGACAAAGAUUGUAUGAACACCUUAUUGUAGCUAAGGACUCGGUCUUGCAGCAGAGAGAGAAGCACGGUGUUAUAUAUCAGCGCUGCUUUCCUGGCUGCCAUCUGAUUGACUGGCUCCUUCAGAAUGCUGAAGUGGAAAGCCGGAAACAAGGAGUGGAACUGUGCCGAGCUUUGCAAGAACAUGGCAUUUUCCAACAUGUGUUAAAGAAACACAACUUUUUCGACAGUGGAUUACUCUAUCAGUUCAGCAUCAACUUCCGCAGGCGCCGGCGCCUGUCGGAACUGUUACAUGACAACGAGCAAGACAAUGAAGAAGGGCCUUCUGUGCCCACAUUAGAGGACGUUCAGCCCGACAGUCUGUUUGUCCUGCAUAAAACACCCCAAGAAGACUACACCGGUUUCAAUUCUGGUAAUGAUGGGAAGCAGGUUAUUUCCGGGCCCCGAGGGAGCUUGAGUGGGCUUCAGUUUCUUGCCUCUGGAUUUUGUCCCUUUGCCAAUCUCUCCACGACCCCACCAGGGAGAUAUAAUCCACAAUCAGUGCUGAGAAGAAACUUGACCUGUGAAGAGUUAUUGUCACCUGGCGCACCAUUCAGUAAAAGAGUGUUAACGGUAAGAGGUGAUUGGGGAUGCAUUGGGCUGGGGCUUUGUUGUCAGAGGCAUGGCCCCCUGUUAUGUCCAGGCUGUCGACCCUGGGAGUCCAGCAGCAGCAGGUGGAGUUAAGGUUGUCCUACUUUACUACUUUACUCCAUGCCAUUAGGUAGGCCAUUCAUUAAGGAAAUAUUUUAUGUAUUUUAACUUCUUAGAUUUUAUGUAUUUGUAAAUGUCAUCCUUUUUUCUGUUUGUUGCAAGAUUCGACAGUUUAUCUGUCAGGUGAAUGGAGAGUGUGUACUCAACCUGGAUUAUCGGACGGUAUCUCGGCUAGUGAUGACAGGACCACGUACUGUUGUGUUGGAAGUUAUGGAGCCCCUGGAGUGAAAACAUCUGCAAUAAAUAUUCAAUGUUUUUAUCUACCAUUUAGAUAGCUGGACGCUAACCCUUAAUUGUAAUACUCUUCAACGUGAGCAAAAGGCCUAUGUUACUGUUUCAAUUAAAAACGCAAUCAAUCAUAUUUAGACACUUUUAUGUAUUUUUAUUCAAUGGCGUACUUCAAAUGUAUGAAUACAAUUAAUUAUUUGAUUGAUUAAAUGCAUGGUCAUUUACUGUCUGGCAUGAAAUGUUAUAUUAUUUUCAAGAUACACAAUAAAUCCGUCUGGUUGCAACUUCUC